UUCCAGGAGAGAGCCGUGCAGCAGCAGAGCUGCGUGUGGGUUCUGUGCACUUGGAUGUUAACAACGGGGAUUUUAACUAAAGAGAGAAGGAGACAAUGGCGGCUUUUAUUCCUCGAAUAGAACAGUUGUCUUCCCGUGUAGUGCGGAUUCUUGGCUGCAACCCUGGACCCAUGACACUCCAGGGAACAAAUACAUACUUAGUGGGCACAGGAAAAAGGCGAAUCCUGAUAGACACUGGAGAGCCCUCAGUUCCCGAAUACAUAAGCUGCCUGAAGCAAGCGCUGACUCAGUUCAACACCACAAUCCAGGAGAUAACGGUCACACACUGGCACAUUGACCACAGUGGUGGCAUUGCAGAUAUAUGCAAAGACAUCACAAAAGAUUCUGAUUUGCGCAUCACAAAACUCCCUCGUAAUCCUCAUGUUGAAGAAGCUACUCUGGAAGGGAAGACAUACAUGUACUUAAAGGAUGGGGAUGUGUUAGAAACUGAAGGCGCCACUCUUAGGGUCCUCUUCACUCCUGGGCACACAGAUGAUCAUAUGGCUCUCAUUCUUGAGGAGGAGAAAGCUGUUUUUUCUGGAGACUGCAUUCUGGGGGAAGGGACGGCAGUGUUUGAAGAUCUUUAUGAUUACAUGAAAUCGCUGGAGGUCUUACUGAGCUCUAAAGCCGAUUUGAUCUAUCCAGGCCAUGGGCCGGUAGUGCAUAACGCAGGGAGCAAAAUCCGUGAAUACAUCGUUCACAGGAACCUGCGUGAGCAACAGAUUCUCCAAGUUCUGCAAGAGAAUGCUGGAAAGUCCUUCUCCUCAAUGGACCUUGUCAAAGAAGUUUAUAAGGAGACUCCAGAGGUUCUACACAAAGCUGCUGAAGUGAACCUUGUGCAUCAUUUAAAGAAGCUGGAAAAAGAAGGAAAAAUAAACAAAGAACAUUUACCUGCAGUAAGAUGGAGGAGCAGUCUGUGAUUCACUUCAUUAACUCAGCUUGCAGUUUCUUAAAUGCCUUUGAUUGUCUUUUAAUUGGAACAGCUACAGUUUAUUAAGCAGUGUUAAUGGGAUUAAAAUGACAGAUUUUAUUAAGGUUUUUAAUCAUUUUGGUGGCACUACAUACUGGCCGGAGGUCACGUCAGUGAAAGGUAGAAUUACCCACGUAAAAGUGACCAUUGCUUUAUUUUCAUUGUCUUUGUCCUCUCCGUUCUUUCUUUGCCCUCUGUUCUGCACAGUACAUUACAUGUAGCUUCCCAAUUAGCCUUCCAGUGUGAAAUUAAUUGUUCAGUCUAAUAAAGAUAAGAUUUCCAUGCA